CGGCGCGCCCUCGGGGCUCCGGCGACGGCCCACCGCCCCUCUCCCCCGCGACCCGCGGGCGCCGCGGAUGUCCGCGAGCCGCCGCCGAGCCCGAGGACGCCGGCGAGCCGCCCGCACGUCGAGCGGGCCAUGGAGACGGCGCCGCCCCGUCGCUGCGCCUGCUGAGGCCAUGCCCGGCUCCGGGCGCGUCCACGCGCGCCUGCGGGCGCUGCUGCUGCUGCCGCCGCUGCUCCUGCUCCGGGGCGGCCACGCGGGCGACCUGACCGUGGCCGCGGUGCUCCCGCUGACCAACGCCUCGUACCCCUGGUCCUGGGCGCGCGUGGGGCCGGCCGUGGAGCUGGCCCUCGCGCGGGUGAAGGCGCGGCCGGACCUGCUGCCGGGCUGGACGGUCCGCGUGGUGCUGGGCAGCAGCGAGAACGCGGCGGGCGUCUGCUCCGACACGGCCGCGCCGCUGGCCGCGGUGGACCUCAAGUGGGAGCACAGCCCCGCGGUGUUCCUGGGCCCCGGCUGCGUCUACUCGGCCGCUCCGGUGGGGCGCUUCACGGCGCACUGGCGGGUGCCGCUGCUGACCGCCGGCGCCGCGGCGCUGGGCAUCGGGGUCAAGGAGGAGUUCGCGCUGACCACGCGCGCGGGGCCCAGCCACGUCAAGCUGGGCGACUUCGUCACGGCGCUGCACCGACGGCUGGGCUGGGAGCACCAGGCGCUGGUGCUCUACGCCGAUCCCGAUCCGCUGGGCGGCGACCGGCCCUGCUUCUUCGUCGUGGAGGGGCUCUACGUGCGGUUGCGUGAGCGCCUCAACCUCACCGUCAACGACCAGGAGUUCGUCGAGGGCGACCAGGACCACUACGUCAGGCUGCUGCAGGCCAUGCGGCUCAAGGGCAGAGUUAUCUACAUCUGCAGCUCUCCAGAUGCCUUCAGGACUCUGAUGCUUCUGGCCCUGGACGCUGGCCUGACUGGGGAGGACUAUGUUUUCUUCCACCUGGAUGUGUUUGGGCGAAGUCUUCAGGACACUCAGGGCAGUAUUCCUCAGAAGCCCUGGGAAAGAGGAGAUAAGCAGGACAGCAGGGCACAGCAGGCCUUCCGGGCUGCCAAAAUCAUUACUUACAAAGAGCCGGAUAAUCCUGAGUACUUGGAAUUCCUGAAGCAGCUAAAACUCUUGGCUGGCAAGCAGUUUAACUUCACCGUGGAGGAUGGCCUGGAAAAUAUCAUCCCAGCAUCCUUCCAUGAUGGGCUCCUGCUCUAUGUCCAGGCGGUGAAUGAGACUCUAGCCCAGGGGGGGACUGUCACUGACGGAGAGAACAUCACUCAGCGGAUGUGGAACCGAAGCUUCCAAGGUGUGACAGGACACCUGAAAAUUGAUAGCAAUGGAGAUCGGGAGACUGAUUUCUCCCUCUGGGAUAUGGAUCCAGAGACAGGUGCCUUCAGGGUUGUCCUGAAUUAUAACGGGGCUUCCCAGGAGCUGGUGGCUGUGUCAGAACGCAAAUUACACUGGCCCCUGGGAUACCCACCUCCUGACAUUCCUAAAUGUGGCUUUGACAAUGAGGACCCAGCCUGCAAACAAGAUCACUUUUCCACACUGGAGGUUCUGGCUUUGGUGGGCAGCCUCUCUCUGAUUAGCGUUCUGAUUGUGUCCUUCUUCAUAUACCGAAAGAUGCAGCUGGAGAAGGAGCUGGUGUCGGAGCUGUGGCGGGUGCGCUGGGAGGACGUGGAGCCCAGCAGCCUGGAGAGGCACCUUCGGAACGCUGGCAGCCGCCUGACCCUGAGCGGGCGAGGCUCCCACUAUGGCUCCCUGCUAAUCACGGAGGGCCAGUUCCAAGUCUUUGCCAAGACAGCAUACUAUAAGGGCAACCUCGUGGCUGUGAAACACGUGAACCGGAAACGUAUUGAGUUGACACGCAAAGUCCUGUUUGAACUUAAGCAUAUGCGGGAUGUACAGAAUGAACACCUGACCAGAUUUGUGGGUGCCUGUACCGACCCUCCUAACAUCUGCAUCCUCACAGAGUACUGUCCCCGCGGCAGCCUUCAGGACAUUCUAGAGAAUGAGAGUAUUACCCUGGACUGGAUGUUUCGGUACUCACUCACCAAUGACAUUGUCAAGGGAAUGCUCUUUCUACACAACGGGGCCAUUUGUUCCCAUGGGAACCUCAAGUCAUCCAACUGUGUGGUAGAUGGGCGCUUUGUGUUGAAGAUCACGGACUAUGGGCUCGAGAGCUUCAGAGACCCAGAGCCACAGCAAGGACACAUCCUCUUCGCCAAAAAAUUGUGGACUGCACCAGAGCUCCUGCGAAUGGCUUCCCCACCUGCCCGUGGCUCCCAAGCUGGUGAUGUAUACAGCUUUGGCAUCAUCCUUCAGGAGAUUGCCCUCAGGAGUGGGGUCUUCUAUGUGGAAGGCUUAGACCUCAGCCCCAAAGAGGUCAUCGAGCGCGUGACUCGGGGCGAGCAGCCCCCGUUCCGCCCGUCCGUGGGUCUGCAGAGCCACCUGGAGGACCUGGGGCAGCUAAUGCAGAGGUGCUGGGCAGAGGACCCCCAGGAGCGGCCACCCUUCCAGCAGAUCCGCCUGGCGCUACGAAAGUUUAACAAGGAGAACAGCAGCAACAUCCUGGACAACCUGCUGUCACGCAUGGAGCAGUAUGCCAACAACCUGGAGGAGCUGGUGGAGGAGAGGACGCAGGCUUACCUGGAGGAGAAGCGCAAAGCUGAGGCCUUGCUCUACCAGAUCCUGCCUCACUCUGUGGCUGAGCAGCUGAAGAGAGGCGAGACGGUCCAGGCUGAGGCCUUCGACAGUGUUACCAUCUACUUCAGUGACAUCGUAGGCUUCACAGCUCUCUCAGCAGAGAGCACACCCAUGCAGGUGGUGACUCUGCUCAAUGAUCUGUACACCUGUUUUGAUGCUGUCAUAGACAACUUUGAUGUGUACAAGGUGGAGACCAUUGGCGAUGCCUACAUGGUGGUGUCUGGGCUCCCGGUACGAAACGGACAGCUCCACGCCCGAGAGGUGGCCCGAAUGGCGCUUGCACUGCUGGAUGCCGUGCGCUCCUUCCGCAUCCGCCACAGGCCCCAGGAGCAGCUGCGCUUGCGCAUCGGCAUUCACACAGGUCCCGUGUGUGCUGGUGUUGUAGGGCUAAAGAUGCCCCGCUACUGCCUCUUUGGAGACACAGUCAACACAGCUUCAAGAAUGGAGUCUAAUGGGGAAGCCCUCAAGAUCCACUUGUCUUCUGAGACCAAGGCUGUGCUGGAAGAGUUCGAAGGUUUUGACCUGGAGCUUCGAGGGGAUGUGGAAAUGAAGGGCAAAGGCAAGGUUCGGACCUAUUGGCUCCUGGGGGAGCAGGGAUGUAGCACGCGAGGCUGACCCACGGCCCCUGCUGUCCCGAGUUACCUCCCUUCCCUGUGCCAGAGGUGACAGAGGCGUCCAGCUUCCUCCCCUCCCACAGCCCAAUCACGGAGGAAAGAGUAGGGACCCGACCAGCACAGUCACCACAUGUGACCUCUGAGAGAGGAUGGGGAUGGUGGGGGCUGAUCGGAACCACCGAAGUUCACAGGGUUGAUGCUCCGGUGUCACUCCUGUCGCAUGUGUCCUCCGCCCCACCCUUCCUCAGCCACCUAGAUUGGGAAGGUGAUUUCUUCUUCUCCCUCAACUCUGCUCCACUGUGACUUUUAUAGGAAGGGAAAUUGCCACUUGAAGGAACUAGAGAUUGCAGGAGUUUACAGGAGGUGGGAAGUCAAAUGUCACAAAUACUCCCCUCACUCCCACCCCCCUUUCUGCCCCCCAGGCCUUGGACACAAGUGCACUGGGGAGAAGAGAGCUGUGGGUCCCCAUGCCCUGCUUCUCCUGUGAGCAAAACCCAUUAAAAUCUUUAUGCCUGA